ACAAGCCAGCGCGCGCUCCCGACGGUCUCUCCUCAUCUCCAGAGCGCGCUGAGGGAGCGCGCGGGCGGCUGAUGGACGGGAUGCAGCGGGGCGCGUACGGCGCGAGCGGAGCCGGUGGAGCCUUCGAGCCGCUCGCGUUCCUCCAGCAGCCGCACACCGGCCUCCGGAUCGUGUCCUGGCUCUUCUCGUUGGUGAUCUUCGUCUGUGUCGUUAACGAGGGCUACAUCAACAGGCCUGAUGAGGUCGAGCAGUUCUGCAUCUUUAACCGGAACCAGAACGCCUGUAACUACGCGGUCAGCAUGGGCUCGCUGGCCUUCCUCUGCUGCAUGGCCUUCCUGGCUUUAGAUGUAUAUUUCCCUCAGAUCAGCAGCGUCAAGGACCGCAAGAAAGCCGUGCUGGCCGACGUGGGAACCUCAGCGUUCUGGUCCUUCGUUUGGUUCGUGGGCUUUUGUUUCUUGGCCAAUCAGUGGCAGGUGGCGAAGGCGGAGGACAACCCACUGCAGUCGGGUGGAGACGCGGCUCGGGCCGCCAUCACCUUCUCCUUCUUCUCCAUCUUCACCUGGGGAGCUCUUACACUGGUCUCUCUGGAGAGACUCAAACGAGUGUGUUUUGAAGAGGAGUAUGAGGAGCUCUUUACCCAGCCCUGACCUCACACACACACACACACACACACACACAUGAACAAACAGGCUCCCUCCAAGUGUGUGUGUGUGAGACUCCAGUCUCAGCGGUCAUCUAGAGGAAUGAAUCCAUCUCAGCAGCUCAUUAAAGAACGAAAUGAUGUUAACGUGUGCUGAUGAUCAUGUUGUUACUGUAACCUGUAGACAGUAAUCUGAUCUUUCUCUCUAUUUUCUUCAUAUUAUAUUUUCUUUCCAUCCUUCACAACCCCAUCCAUCCCUGCACUGUCUUUUUUUAACCCUUCAUUGAACCCUGAUCCAUCAUUCCCAUGUUAAAAACCUGCAUCAUCCAGGCCGCUCAGGGCUUCCUAGCGUUGCAGAGGUAUAAGCUGGGUGCGGAUUCGGCUCUGUUCUCGCAGGACUACACUGACCCCAGCCAGGACGCCGGCACCGUGCCGUACAGCUCCUACAGCGCUGGAGACGCUCCGGAGAGUCCGGGAGGAACCGGGUCCUACCAGCAGAGCGACGACGGCGUGUUGGACGGGUCAGCCGGGUACCAGCGGCAGGAGUACUGAACCAGAGCAGGGUCACGGCACCAACUCACCCGCUGUACACCAUUCUGAUCAGCAGUAGAAUAGUCUGUUAAACUGUCCGUGCUACACAAAUGACUGAUUUAUAUUGAAAAUGGAGCGACACCUCAGCAUUAAUGUGCUCACACUCAAUAAUAAAGGUUCUUUAUCAGAACUGAUGGUUCAAUGAAGAACCAUCAUUCCAUUAGACAAAACAACCUUUAGUUUAUUCAAAUGUUCUUUACACUAAGAAAAAAUACUUUUCAGAAUUGAUCACUGAAUGGUUCCCAGCUAAAAAAAAAAUAUGUUCUGCAAAAGUUUUUCUAACAUUCCCAUUAAGUUAUGAUAAUGUUACUCUUGAAUGUUCACUAAACAUUCAAAAUGUCCAGUUUUUAAAUGUAUUUAUAUAUAUAUAUAUAUUGGUUAUACACACGUUAAGGGAAUGUUAGGGAACGUUAAAUGUUCUCUGAGCAUUCUAAAACAAGCAGUAUCAAAUAAAAAAUGUAUAUACUUAUUCCUGAUUUAAACUCACAUUCUCUAAUACUUGGGGGAGACUUUAACUGUUGCCUUGACCCAGUGCUGGACCGUUCAUCAUCUAGACCAUGUGCUGCAAACAAAUCCUCCAUUUUUCUAAAUAAUUAUUUUUCUGAAUAUGGUAUAUCAGAUGUAUGGCGGCAUUUGUACCCGAAAAAAAGAGAGUAUUCUUUUUUUUUUUCAAAUGUUCAUCACUCUUACUCUCGGAUUGAUUACUUUGUUUUGGAUAAUGGUUUAAUUUCUAGAGUUCAAUCUUGCGCAUAUCAAAGUAUUAUUAUAUCGGACCAUGCUCCUCUUACUCUUGAUCUGACCUUUCCAAAUUUGCCUUCACCUAGGAGGAACUGGCGUUUCAAUACUUCAUUCUUGGCAGAUGAUAAUUCUCAGUACAACUCGCUCCUUUUUUGACAUCUGUUUUUUCUGAAUCUCUUAAGACUGGAACUCUUCCCCAACGUUAAAUCAAGCCUGUAUUUCUUUAUUACUUAAAAAGGAUAAAGACCCCUUAGACUGUGCGUCAUAUAGGCCGAUUUCUUUGCUCAUCUGCGACGUUAAAAUUUUAGCCAAGUUGCUUGCCUCAAGACUUGAAGAUGUCCUCCCCACUAUCAUCAUUCCUGAUCAAACCGGGUUUAUAAAAAAUCGUCAAUCAUUUUUUAAUAUCCGCCGCUUACUUAAUGUGGUAUACUCUCAGCAUCAGGCCAUUCCAGAAUGUGUUGUUUCUUUAGCCGCAGAGAAGGCGUUUGACAGGGUUGAGUGGGAGUACCUUUUUUUAGUUUUAGAAAAAUUUGGAUUUGGCCCAGUCUUUCUCUCUUGGAUUAAAUUACUUUAUACUGCUCCCUCUGCAGUAGUCCUAAGCAAUGGUCUGUACUCUAGACCAUUUAAUUUGCAUCACGGAACUUGACAGGGCUGCCCACUAAGCCCACUACUAUUUGCUUUAGCUAUUGAGCCUGUAGCAAUCGCCCUACGCCAGAGUCAGCAGAUUACUGGAAUUACCCGUGGUGAGACCGUUCAUAAGGUAACUCUAUGCAGACGAUCUACUGCUUUUUAUAUCAAAUCCACAAACUUCUUUACCCACAGCUCUAUCUUUGCUUGAGAAUUUUGGUCGGCUUUCGGGCUACAGGCUUAAUCUGCACAAGAGUGAACUCUUUCCAAUUAACAAGGUAGAUACACAAUUACAGUAUUCCAACAUACCACUGAAACUAGUCAAAAAUAAGCUCACUUAUCUUGGGGUCUGUAUCACUCGCCGUCAUAAGCAUCUUUUUAAACAUAAUUUUGGCAUGCUGCUUGAACGGAUUAAGAAAGAUCUUUCUAAAUGGUCACCUUUAAAGAUUUCCCUCAUUGGGCGCAUUAAUUCUGUUAAAAUGGUGGUGCUUCCUAAAUUUCUUUAUCUCUUUCAAUGUUUACCUUUAUUUCUUCCCGUCUUUUUUUAAAUCUUUAGACUCUGUUAUCUCUUCUUUCAUUUGGAAUGGUAAGCACCCUCGUCUACGCAAAGCAUACAUUCAGAGGCCUAGAUGCAAUGGUGGUAUGUCCUUACCUAAUUUUAAGUUUUACUACUGGGCAGCUAACAUAUGAAACACACUUUAUUGGUGGCAUUAUCACCUUUUGCCCAAUAUUCCGUCCUGGGUGGACAUGGAAAUAAAUGCUUACAAGUAAAUUUACCUUCCAGCACUUCUCGCAUCUAAUUUACAGUUGACUUCUUAUACUUCUAUCGAUUGCCGAGUGGUUAAACACUCAUUGAGAAUUUGGAUCCAAUUCAGGAAAGCAUUUGGUUUUAGGGAUCCCUCUCUCCUUAGCCCUGUGUUCCGUAAUCAUUUUUUUCCACCUUCGAUGCAGGAUGUUUCAUUCAAGAGUUUGUCUCACAAGGGGAUAAAAUGUUUCAAAGAUUUAUUUGUGAAUAAUGUAUUCGCUUCUUUCUGAUCAAUUGGUAUUACGUUUCGGUCUUACCAAGUCAGAUUUUUUUCGAUUCUUGCAAGUAAGACAUUAUGUUAAGUCACUUGUACCAGACUUCCCAACGAUGCCUUCUGAAAAUCCUUUGGAUAGGUUCCUUUCAAGUAACAUAAUAACUAAAGGCUCAAUUGCUAUUAUUUAUAAUUUAAUGAUAAAUCUGGCAUCUUCAUCUCUGGAUAACAUUAAAAGAGCUUGGGAGGAAGACCUUGACAGGCCACUCUCUGAAGACACAUGGAACUGCGUCCUUAAACAGGUCCACUCAUCAUCAAUAUGUGCUCGGCAUUCACUUAUACAGGUUAAAGUAGUGCACAGAGCUCAUAUUAUUAAAGUGGAAAGACCCCUUGCCACCCACUCACACACAAUAGAUCAAAGAUACAAUGUCUUGUCUCUGCCUCGAAAAAAUUAGGUAUUCGCUAAGAGGAUUGGAAAAACAAUUUUUUAAGUUGUGGCGCUCUUUUAGUAUGGACACUUUAUAAUAUAUAUAUUAUUUAUUUAUUUUUUUUUUUUUAUUUCUUAUUAUAAUUUUUAUGUAUGUAUGUAUUUGUUGUAUUUGUUUGGAGGUUAAUUUUUGUCAGCAUUUUUGUAUGUACAGUAUAUUGGGUUCUUACAGUUCCAUUUUGAUUUAAUGGAUGCUAUGCUAAGGGGUGGGGGACUGUGAAUGUGAUUUAUUUUGUUAAAAACA